CUUCCCCAGAUUGACCCCGCGAAUCCGGGGUCGGCGCCGCUCCGGUUGGCGACGCGGGCUUUAGUCUCUCCUUUGAGCCAGCCUCCACCCGCUUUCAGAGUCCGCGGCAACAGGACACGGCUCUGCCGAAGGCUGGCGCGUUUGGCCAAUGCGGCAUUGAGGUUUUCCGACGUCUGUUCGGAAAAUGCUCUAUAUAAUGCCUGUUGCCGCCCUUGUCGUGAUGCAGCAGCAGCAGCGCACAGUUUGACAACCUUGCACGGUCGCUUAAGCUGGUCUUUCAUUCCUCGUCUUGCAUCAGUUGCCGCACCUGCUUUCAUCACGCCUCUUCCCUCUCAUUCACCAUGUCGAAGACCGCACUGAAGCACGACACGCUUCAGGACAAGGUCCUGGCCGACCAUAUCGAGAAGCUCGAGGACAUCUCGACCGAGGAGCUGACCGAGACCGGUCCCUUCAUUUGGCUCUUCGCCUUUACUGCCUCCAUCGCCGGCUCUCUCUUCGGUUAUGACACGGGCAUCAUCUCGGCCGUACUCGUCUCUAUUAACGCAAGUCUGGGCCAUGAACUCUCGUCUAAUGAGAAAGAGCUCAUCACCUCGCUCUGCUCUGGCGGUGCAUUCUUCGGCGCCAUCGUUGCUGGCAUGACAGCCGACCGCUUUGGCAGGAAGAUGGCCAUUUACGCCAACUGCGUUCUCUUCACUGUUGGCGCUAUAAUCCAGGCUGCAGCAUACUCGCUCGCGCAAAUGGCCGUUGGCCGCCUGAUUGUCGGCGUCGGUGUCGGCUCCGCCUCCAUGGUUGUGCCGCUGUACAUUGCGGAGAUUGCACCUACCAAGUUCCGCGGACGCAUGGUCGGCCUUAACAACAUUUCCAUCACUGGCGGCCAAGUCAUCUCCUACGGUAUCGGCGCAGCGUUUGCGCACGUCGGCCACGGUUGGCGCUACAUGGUCGGCCUGGGUGGCGUGCCUUCCAUCAUGCUCAUGUGCCUGCUUCCGCUCUGCCCGGAGAGCCCCCGCCACUUGGUCGCACAGGGCCGCAACGAAGAAGCGGAGCGCGUCUUCAAGCGUAUCUACCCCGAUGCCACGGCGCAACAGCUCUCGGACAAAGUGCGGCUCAUCGCGUCAGGCUUCGAGGCGAGCCGCGAGCACAACAGUGACAAGAGCACGUGGUACCUGGUCAAGCAACUCCACACGGUGCCAUCCAACUUCCGCGCUCUUGUCUGUGCAUGCGGCCUCAUUGUUACUUCUCAGAUGUCUGGUUUCAACACGCUUAUGUACUAUUCGUCCACGUUGUUUGCCCUUGUGGGCUUUUCCAACCCGGUCGCGGUGGGCCUGGUCGUGUCUGGCACCAACUUCAUCAUGACCUGCUUGAACGCGAUGCUUGUGGACCCCUGGGGCCGCCGCAAGCUCCUGGUUUCGACAGUGUGGGGUAUGAGUGCUGGCUUGCUCGCCGUGGCCGUGGCCUUCUCCUUCAUCCCGAUCGAUGCGCACACGCUCGAGCUCAAGAGCGACAAGGUCACCGCGCCUGCCAUCGUCGUCCUCAUUUUCAUCAUCUGGUUCGUCUUCUUCUACGGCGUGUCCGUCGGCAAUACGGCAUGGAUGAGCACCGACUUCUUCCCCAUGGAGGUGCGCGCCAUCGGCACCAUGUACAUGACGUGCACGUGCUGGGCCUCGAACGUCAUCGUCUCGAGCACCUUCCUGACGAUGAUGCACUCGCUGACACCAUCGGGCGCGUUCGGCUUCUACGCCGCGAUCUGCGGCAUCGGCUGGGUGCUGAUCAUCUUCUUCUACCCCGAGGUGUCGGGCCUGACGCUCGAGGAGACGCAGGAAGUGUUCAAGCACGGCUUUGGCGUCAAGUAUUCGCGCCAGCUGCUCAAGGAGCGGAAGGCGGCGAAGAAAGCGGAAGCCAAUGCUCAGGCAUAGGUGGUUGGGGUAUUGUGGGGUUGGAGAAAGGGGUGGCUUUGAUGUAUUAUGACGAUAUGCGCGGCUGUUCUUGAGCCUUCUUUUGACAGCUGUUUGUUUCUUUUUCUCUCUCUCUUUUCCUCUUUCUUAGCGAUUUCUUCUUUCUUUAUUAGUAGCGCUACUACCUUGUUAUGGUUAGCGCGGUUACGCAUGUGGGCUGCGUUGUAUAUAGACCCACGACUGACGAACGAACGAACGAGCAGAUGAAUAAAUAAGAUACUCACUACUAUAAAUUUGGCUCCGGCACCUUGUGCUGAGGUGUCUGUGGUAGGCAUGGCCUGCUUCAGAGG